AUGCACGAGUACAAAUAUACAGACAAGUAUAUAUCAAAGAAAUUUCCCGAUAUUUCUAAUAAUGAUCCUAACAGUGAUCCUAACAGUGAUCCUAACAGUGAUCCUAACAAUGAUCCUAACAAUGAUCCUACUAAUGAUCUUAAUAACGAUAAAGAGUAUAUACUUUUAAAAAAUUAA